GUCCGCACGAGCGAGUGUGGCAUCCACAGGGAGUCGAAGUGCUAACAAGGAAGAGGAGGGUGGGUUUAGUUGUCCCGUUGUACCAGUGGCCAGGCCAAGCGGAGCUAGCUCCGCAGAUACAGGCACGGGUCUAACGUGGAAAAAGACGCUGACAACUGCUCAUCCAGCAAAAAGCAACAGGACGUCAGCAGGUGGCGGCGUUCUAGGUGGUCGAGGUGGCAGUUAUGCUGGAGCUGGAGGAUCCGGCGGCAAUGUGCAUCAAUUAAGAAAAGUAGACUUGCUACAGGAAGUGUUCCUGAUUAUACAACUCGUGCUAACGUCUUGAUGAUGGCUUGUUCUAAUACUCUCCAGGGAUGAUGUCGAGAAGCGACUGCGGCAUCGAAUGAAAAAGAUGAUGAAUCUGGCCAGUUUCGAGCCUGGUGCGAUCGCAGCUGCGACGGUUGGCUUCAACCAGAUCAUGGGCAAAACCAUCGCUCACGGAGUUAAGCCACGGAUUUGAGGUAUCGGUAGGUGGAUACGUACGUACGAAAAGAGCAAGACUCUUUCACUCUUUUGUUUCGAGACACCUCCUGACACGAUCUACGUCUAAUCCUAUCUCCCCGCGCACAUCUAUGCUUGCUGCUGCUGCCGGCCCG